AUCUUCACUCAUUCAACCGUUUCCCUAAACUAACUCUUCUGAUCGCAUGGACACCGUACAAGACCCUCUCUCCCCGUUCGAUUGGGAAGCGUUUAUCGACCAAUUUCCAGAUUUCCAAGUCCAUGAUUUUCCCCAAAACGACAACGCUCCCCUUAGCAUCAACGACGACCACAAUCCACCCCUUCUCUCCGAGAUCGAGAACUUGCUCAUGACCGAUGAUCUGAACGACGUCGUUUGUCCCCUAACGCCGCCCUCCGAGUCCGAAUACAGCAAGCUUCUCGCUGAGAUUCUGGUGGAUCCCGAGGACGGACCAGAGAGUCAGCUUUUGAGGACUGAGUCAGAGGAUGGGUCCGAUAAAGAUAGAACCGUUGAUGCUGCAUCUCCCGAUGAACCCUUGUCCAAGAAGCAAAGAAGGCAGUUGAGGAACAGAGAUGCUGCUGUGAGAUCAAGAGAGAGGAAGAAAUUGUAUGUACAAAACCUGGAGACGAAGAGUAGGUAUUAUGAAGGGGAAUGCAGAAGACUGGGGCAUUUGCUCCAGUGCUGCUAUGCUGAGAACCAUGCUUUGCGGCUAUGCUUGCAAUCGCGUGGCUCAUUUGGUGCUUCCAUGACCAUGCAGGAGUCUGCUGUGCUCUUGUUGGAACCUCUGCUGCUGGGUUCCCUGCUGUGGUUCAUGGGCAUCAUGUGCCACCUCAGUCUUCCCCUGAUGCUGUGGUGGACAGCAGUACCUCCAAGAGAAAACACCGAACAGAAAGACCUAAGAAGGGUGACUCCAAAAGGGCCAAAAAGUAAGAUCUCUGAGUGUUUCCAGAUGAAAUUAUUUGUAAAGAGUAGAAGAUGCCGAGCUACAAGAACAAAGAUGAAAUUCAAUUUUUUGGUGUUCCAACUUCUAUGACUGUAACUUAUGAAGUGUGCCUUUGAAUAUAUUUAUUCCUUCCUUCUUUUUUCUUUUAUAUUGUGCUUAUUACAUAUGGUGACCAUUAGAAAAUUUGUAAACUGAACGAGUAGGGGGUUCCGUGAUAUAUGUAUGCAUUUGUCAGAUGUUAUGUUCUCUUAACGUGUCAUAGGAUGAAAUCAUGAAACAUGGCGAGCUGCUUGUGUUUUAGGCAGUUUAUGCUGCAUUCAAACAUUGUUUGCACUAUCUUGUAGUCCGUUUAUUUUCCCGUUUUAGUAAUUUUGUUUUUGG